CGACGAGGUUGCCACGGCAGAAGCGUCGAGACCGCCGCAACAGCACGACGCGGCCGGCUGAACGACGACGCCGCCACAGCAGCACGACGCGGCCACCAUGGCAGCGCGCGCGCGAGAGAGAGAGAGAGAGAGAGAGAGAGAGAGAGAGAGAGAGAGAGAGAGAGAGAGAGAGAGAGAGAGAGAGAGAGAGAGAGAGAGAGAGAGAGAGAGAGAGAGAGAGAGAGAGAGAGAGAGAGAGCGAGAGAGAGAACGAGUGCGCGGCGAAAGCGUGGGAAGAAGGUCUAGCAGGUUGAACCUGCUCUGUUACCAUGUAUA